AUGCAAAGACCAUUUCUACUCGCUUAUUUGGUCCUUUCGCUUCUAUUUAACUCGGCUUUGGGUUUUCCAACUGCACUAGUUCCAAGAGGAUCCUCCGAAGGAACUAGCUGUAAUUCUAUCGUUAAUGGCUGUCCCAACUUAGACUUCAAUUGGCACAUGGACCAGCAAAAUAUCAUGCAGUAUACUUUGGAUGUGACUUCCGUUUCUUGGGUUCAAGACAACACAUACCAAAUCACUAUUCAUGUCAAAGGUAAAGAAAAUAUUGACCUGAAGUAUCUAUGGUCUUUGAAAAUCAUUGGUGUCACUGGUCCAAAAGGUACCGUCCAACUAUACGGUUACAACGAAAAUACCUAUUUGAUUGACAACCCAACUGAUUUCACAGCCACUUUUGAAGUUUAUGCCACACAAGAUGUCAACAGCUGUCAGGUGUGGAUGCCUAACUUCCAAAUUCAAUUCGAGUAUUUGCAAGGUAGUGCCGCUCAAUAUGCAAGCUCCUGGCAAUGGGGAACUACAUCUUUUGAUUUGUCUACUGGUUGUAACAACUAUGACAAUCAAGGCCACUCUCAAACGGAUUUCCCAGGCUUCUAUUGGAACAUAGAUUGUGACAAUAAUUGUGGCGGUACGAAGUCAUCUACCACUACAUCUAGCACUUCCGAGUCAUCUACCACUACAUCUAGCACUUCCGAGUCAUCUACCACUACAUCUAGCACUUCCGAGUCAUCUACCACUACAUCUAGCACUUCCGAGUCAUCUACAUCAUCAUCAACCACCGCUCCUGCUACACCAACCACUACCUCAUGCACUAAGGAAAAGCCUACACCCCCAACCACUACCUCAUGCACAAAGGAAAAGCCUACACCUCCUCAUCACGACACCACUCCAUGUACAAAGAAGAAAACUACCACAUCUAAGACAUGCACUAAGAAGACUACUACUCCAGUACCAACCCCAUCAAGCUCUACUACUGAAAGUUCUUCUGCUCCAGUACCAACUCCAUCCAGCUCUACUACUGAAAGCUCUUCUGCUCCAGUAACCAGCUCUACCACUGAAAGCUCUUCUGCUCCAGUACCAACCCCAUCAAGCUCUACUACUGAAAGCUCUUCUGCUCCAGUAACCAGCUCUACCACUGAAAGCUCUUCUGCUCCAGUAACCAGCUCUACCACUGAAAGCUCUUCUGCUCCAGUACCAACUCCAUCCAGCUCUACUACUGAAAGCUCUUCUGCUCCAGUAACCAGCUCUACCACUGAAAGCUCUUCUGCUCCAGUAACCAGCUCUACCACUGAAAGCUCUUCUGCUCCAGUAACCAGCUCUACCACUGAAAGCUCUUCUGCUCCAGUAACCAGCUCUACCACUGAAAGCUCUUCUGCUCCAGUACCAACUCCAUCCAGCUCUACUACUGAAAGCUCUUCUGCUCCAGUAACCAGCUCUACCACUGAAAGCUCUUCUGCUCCAGUACCAACUCCAUCCAGCUCUACUACUGAAAGCUCUUCUGCUCCAGUAACCAGCUCUACCACUGAAAGCUCUUCUGCUCCAGUACCAACUCCAUCCAGCUCUACUACUGAAAGCUCUUCUGCUCCAGCUCCAACCCCAUCAAGCUCCACCACUGAAAGCUCUUCUGCUCCAGUAACCAGCUCUACCACUGAAAGCUCUUCUGCUCCAGUACCAACUCCAUCCAGCUCUACUACUGAAAGCUCUUCUACUCCAGUAACCAGCUCCACCACUGAAAGCUCUUCUGCUCCAGUGCCAACUCCAUCAAGCUCUACUACUGAAAGCUCUUCUGCUCCAGUACCAACUCCAUCAAGCUCUACUACUGAAAGCUCUUCUGCUCCAGCUCCAACCCCAUCAAGCUCUACUACUGAAAGCUCUUCUGCUCCAGUAACCAGCUCUACCACUGAAAGCUCUUCUGCUCCAGUACCAACUCCAUCCAGCUCUACUACUGAAAGCUCUUCUGCUCCAGUACCAACCCCAUCCAGCUCUACUACUGAAAGCUCUUCUGCUCCAGUACCAACUCCAUCCAGCUCUACUACUGAAAGCUCUUCUGCUCCAGUAACCAGCUCUACCACUGAAAGCUCUUCUGCUCCAGUAACCAGCUCUACCACUGAAAGCUCUUCUGCUCCAGUACCAACUCCAUCCAGCUCUACUACUGAAAGCUCUUCUGCUCCAGUACCAACUCCAUCCAGCUCUACUACUGAAAGCUCUUCUGCUCCAGUACCAACUCCAUCCAGCUCUACUACUGAAAGCUCUUCUGCUCCAGUAACCAGCUCUACCACUGAAAGCUCUUCUGCUCCAGUACCAACUCCAUCCAGCUCUACUACUGAAAGCUCUUCUGCUCCAGUGCCAACUCCAUCCAGCUCUACUACCGAAAGCUCUUCUGCUCCAGUACCAACCCCAUCAAGCUCUACUACUGAAAGCUCUGUAGCACCAGUACCAACCCCAUCUUCCUCUAGCAACAUCACUUCCUCCGCUCCAUCUUCAACCCCAUUCAGCUCUAGCACUGAAAGCUCUUCUGUUCCAGUACCAACCCCAUCAAGCUCUACUACUGAAAGCUCUUCUGCUCCAGUAUCCAGCUCCACCACUGAAAGCUCUGUAGCACCAGUACCAACCCCAUCUUCCUCUAGCAACAUCACUUCCUCCGCUCCAUCUUCAAUUCCAUUCAGCUCUACUACUGAAAGCUUUUCUACUGGCACUACUGUCACUCCAUCAUCAUCCAAAUACCCUGGCAGUCAAACAGAAACCUCUGUUUCUUCUACAACCGAAACUACCAUUGUUCCAACUAAAACUACGACUUCUGUCACUACACCAUCAACAACCACUAUUACCACUACGGUUUGCUCUACAGGAACAAACUCUGCCGGUGAAACUACCUCUGGAUGCUCUCCAAAGACCGUUACAACUACUGUUCCAACUACAACUACGACUUCUGUCACUACAUCAUCAACAACCACUAUUACUACUACAGUUUGCUCUACAGGAACAAACUCUGCCGGUGAAACUACCUCUGGAUGCUCUCCAAAGACCAUUACAACUACUGUUCCAUGUUCAACCAGUCCAAGCGAAACCGCCUCGGAAUCAACAACCACUUCACCUACCACACCUGUAACUACAGUUGUCUCAACCACCGUCGUUACUACUGAGUAUUCUACUAGUACAAAACCAGGUGGUGAAAUUACAACUACAUUUGUCACCAAAAACAUUCCAACCACUUACCUAACCACAAUUGCUCCAACUCCAUCAGUCACUACGGUUACCAAUUUCACCCCAACCACUAUUACUACUACGGUUUGCUCUACAGGUACAAACUCUGCCGGUGAAACUACCUCUGGAUGCUCUCCAAAGACUGUCACAACCACUGUUCCUUGUUCAACUGGUACUGGCGAAUACACUACUGAAGCUACCACCCUUGUUACAACAGCUGUCACAACCACCGUUGUUACCACUGAAUCCUCUACGGGUACUAACUCCGCUGGUAAGACGACAACUGGUUACACAACAAAGUCUGUACCAACCACCUAUGUAACCACUUUGGCUCCAAGUGCACCAGUAACUCCUGCCACUAAUGCCGUACCAACUACAAUAACCACUACUGAAUGUUCUGCUGCUACAAACGCUGCCGGUGAAACUACAUCUGUAUGCUCUGCUAAGACUAUCGUAAGUUCUGCAAGCGCAGGCGAAAACACUGCACCUUCGGCUACCACCCCUGUCACGACGGCUAUUCCAACCACAGUUAUUACCACUGAGUCAUCUGUUGGUACUAACUCCGCUGGCGAAACAACAACUGGUUACACAACCAAGUCCAUCCCAACCACUUACAUAACCACUUUGAUUCCAGGUUCAAAUGGUGCCAAGAAUUACGAAACUGUGGCCACAGCAACCAACCCUAUUUCAAUCAAGACUACAUCCCAACUAGCUACAACAGCUUCUGCUUCUAGCGUGGCUCCCGUUGUCACAUCUCCAUCUCUAACUGGUCCACUACAAUCUGCUUCUGGUUCUGCAGUCGCUACAUACUCUGUUCCUUCUAUCUCGAGUACUUACCAAGGUGCUGCUAAUAUCAAGGUUCUUGGAAACUUUAUGUGGUUGCUACUCGCUCUUCCAGUUGUAUUCUAA